AUGUCUGGGACCUCAGGUAGGGCAUCCCUUGCGCAGCCUCCGCUCGCAAAAACCGUCCUCGUAUACCGCAAUGGGGACCCUUUCUUUCCUGGGAGGAAGAUCGUGGUAAGCCAGCGCCGCACCUCCACAUUUGACGGCUUUUUGAGCUCGGUGACCCGCGGGGUGGAGGCUCCUUUCGGGGCGGUGAGAAACGUUUACACUCCCCGGGAAGGACACAAAAUCGUUGCUUUGGAGCAACUGCAACACGGGGACGAAUAUGUUGCAGCCGGGGCAGAGCGCUUCAAAAAGCUGGAUUACUGUCAAAUAACGCCCAAAAAGCCGCAGAGGAAGAAGAGCGAAAUGAUACGACCCGUUGUUCACAGCAAAUUAGCGGUUUCUGCGCGUUGGAAAAAAAGCAUCAAUGAACCAUGCACUAUAAAUGUUUUUACCAACGGAAAUAUCUUGGCUCCUCCAGUUAGGAUACUAAUACCAAAGUACACUCUUAGAAGCUGGGAGAAUGUACUCGCUAUGGUAACAGAGAAAGUGCAUCUUCGCACAGGAGCCGUGCACAGAAUAUGCACGUUAAAUGGGACUCCGUUACUGGGCUCAGCCGAAUUAGAGAAUGACCAGUAUUACGUCGCUGUGGGUGCAGAGAAAUUCAGAUUCCUGCCGUACUUUCACUGGAUUACUAAGAAAGGGAGGGGCGUGGACAAGAGUCAAAGGGUCUUCGAUGACUUUCAUCCAUCAACAAGAAAGUAUAGAAAUGCAGAAGCUAUGCUUAAUGGUCGAAGGGAUCCGUCUCCCGAAGGAGGUCAGGAGCGCAGGGUGCUGCUGAAAACCCACUGGGCCUCCUUAUUCUACACCAGGCCGGAGCGAACGACACAGCAGAUUGCUAAGGGCCCACGUCUCCUCUCGACGGGAGGAAUCGCUGCAAGUGAAGAAAAUGCAAACUCUGAACACAGACAUGCAGACUGGAGAGUCUUCAAGGCGAAAGGCGUACGGAGUGAAGUGGCAGGAGCGACGGUGGUGCAGGAGGAUGGCGGAACGAUGGCGGAGCUGCCCCUGGAUCAGACCAAAGCAGAGGUGGUUGAUGAAGAGCAGGAUCGGCAUGAGACCUCCUGGCCGGGAAGCGAUGCUCUGAAACAGCCAGUGACUCCCAGCGCUCAGAGAGCCGUGGCAGAGUGCUCCACGACGGCCUCAGGCAACACCGCGACAGCAUCUAAAGAAUCCCAGAGACCCUCAACCGGUGUCAGAACCAAACCUGCACCCGCUUCAGAACCAGAGACGUAGAUAACAAAUGAUGGUCGUCUCACAGACCAGUCUCCGUGUAAUUAAGAGAAAAAACAGAGAAUGGUCCGGAACGCUUUCGCUUUCCCAAGACUGUAAAGCCUACAUGUUCCAGCCCUAAAUAUGCAGACUGUCUGAGGGAAUCUCAUAGCAUUUGCAUGGAAAUUAAAUGACAAGGCCACAUGCCCACCCAACAUGCUCGACCAAGAGAGGUGCUCAUCUUUGUCAUCUGCUGGUCCCCCUGAAGCACACCAAUGCUCAGCCUCGCAGCAGCUUUGAUUGUCAGUUUAUCCCUCUGAUACAGUGUUUCCCUUGGGGAACUGCAGACAGUCCACAUUUUUGCUACCCGGAGCUGUGAGGGAGAUGAAAUGUGAACCGUCUUCUAGGUCUCUAAAGACUGGAUUGGGAAAAACAGCUCUAGCGUAAUGUUCUAGACUCCCUUCGUCCAGUGUGUCACUCCAGCGUUUUGUAUCCAUUUCGGUAGCCGUCUAGGACCUUGCUGACCUCAGCACACUAAGCUGAGGAGCAUAGCGUAGAAUUUACCAGAGUAUUAGAUACCUGUCUACCUUAUUCUGUGUCAGUGUAAAAGUUCAGCUCUAAGAUGUACCAACUCAGGAAAAUGUUGGAUCUGUUUUGUACGGAUUGGAAUUUGUUACGUCUUGUGCCCUUAGAGGCUAAUGGCGAAAUGAUUCUCAAGACAUGGAGGGUGUCCAUGCUAGUUUAAGAUUGUAGAGUAUAAAGAAUUUUUCAAGAAUCCAUGUUGCAGAGACUGUUGAAUUAGGGGCAUUUCUCACUCAUUGUCUCCUCAUAUGUAUGGUUUAAAAAAGCAUUAAUUGAGUGUUAUAAACCAAAUAAAAUAUCCAAAUCUCAUAUA